AAUAUAUGUAUGGUUUCAUGACGUUCUGAAUGUCAAACGCGACAUGUAUAUACAUUGUUCGGUCUAUCUAUAAUAGUUUUUUUUUUGUAAACUUUUUUGUAUUUUCAUAUUUUGUACGACGAGGAAAAACUGUAUAUUUUAUUAUCACCAAAUUCAGCCAUUCGAACUGCUUGAAAUUGGACGAGCGAUAAAGGAAUCAUGCCGCAUUCAAUAUCGAAAGUGUCGGUGGAUUUCCUUCAAAACCGAAUCGAAUUAUAGAGAGAGAGAGAGAGAGAGUUUCCUAAAUGUACAAAAUCGAAGAAGAAGAAGAACAAAAAAGAACAAAUAUGAAAAUUAUUUGAAAGAAAGUAUUUUGAUUUGAUUAAAAGAUACGAGCACAACACACACUGAUAGCUCAGCUCACACAAGGAACACACUACAGAGCGCGAUCGGUAAUAAAACGUGCGGGAGCGAGUGUGAACGGGGAGCAAAAAAAUUCAUUCAGGAUCGCAUAAUUUCUAAUUCCACAAACACACAAACAAACAAACACAAAUGGCGGAAAAUUAUUCAAAUAAGCGAACAUCAUCGUCGCAUCAUCAUGAUGUCUUUAGUACAUCGACAGAACUUCCAAGGCAUGGGCCAUGCUUUUGGUUUUUCCGUGCCGUUAAAUGGAUUCCAGUGUUAUUCAUUGUAGCUAUUAUCGCGUGGUCAUACUAUGCUUAUGUUGUUCAAUUAUGCUUUUUUUCGGUGCAAACGACGAUCGAACAAGUAGUUUUUUUACUAUUUUAUCACAUAGUCUUUGCAAUGUUUGUGUGGUCUUAUUGGCAAACAGUGUUUACGGCAGUCGGCAAAGUGCCGACAAAGUUUCGUAUACCCGCUUCGGAAAUGGAGCGAUUGACGCAAGCCGAUAAUCCCAGUGCGCAGAAACGAGUUUUGGAAAUCUUUGCCAAAGACUUACCCAUCAGUAAUCGAACAAUGAAUGGUUCACUGAGAUACUGCGACAAAUGUAUGGUGAUCAAACCAGAUCGAGCCCAUCACUGUUCUGUGUGCGGUAUGUGUGUACUGAAAAUGGAUCAUCAUUGCCCCUGGGUGAAUAACUGCGUCAAUUUUACCAACUAUAAAUACUUUGUAUUGUUCCUUGGAUAUGGUUUACUAUAUUGCAUCUAUGUGGCGGCAACAGUGAUGAGAUAUUUCAUCUUGUUUUGGGAAGAUAAACUAGAGGGUGGCGUCGGCCGAUUCCAUAUUCUAUUUUUGUUUUUUGUGGCAGCUAUGUUUGCUAUCAGUUUAGUUAGCUUGUUUGGAUAUCACAUUUACUUAGUGGCGCUCAAUCGCACCACAUUAGAGGCAUUUCGAACGCCGAUCUUUCGAAUUGGAGGACCAGAUAAGAAUGGUUUUAAUUUAGGCCGGUACAACAAUAUACAAGAAGUGUUCGGCGAUGAUAGACGAUUAUGGCUGUUACCAAUAUUUACGAGCUUUGGGGACGGGCUGCAGUACCCAGUGCAAAUAAAGCAUUUCCCUGGAAAUAUUGGCCACACAUCGAAUCAUAAUUAUGAAUCAAUGGGCAAUUCAUAUUCAUUGAAUAAAUUCGAUGCAACUCAGACAAACAAUGAAACAAAUGACUCAAGAAAAAUGCUUCUUCUCAACCAAAACAACGCCGGCUAUCGUGAAGCCGCCGCCAACGCCACUACCACCAUCACCACCACCACCACCACCGUCACGUCGACACAACUCAACACACCAAACCAAGAACCGGUCAACAAUCACAUUGACCGACAAUUGCCGCCCCUUCCAGCCGAUGGUGGUCAACUAACCAUUGAAAAUGAAACAAACAGAUAGACACAUUUACGGUUCAACAUUUUUGUUUCGUUUCUGUUGGUUCAAUCUGUUUAACACGCAUAAAAAGGAGAAUUUAUUCGAAAGAACAAGAAAAAAAAACAUACGCACAUGACUUAAUUCAUACAUACGAAAGAAAGAAAACAAAAUAUUAUGCGUAACCGACAUCAACGACCAUGCAAGAGCUAUUGGGCUCUGCAAAUACUACAACAACAUAUAAAAUGGGACUCUUCAUUGCCUCAAUGAUCAACGAUCAAUUCAUACACAGCUUUAACUUCAUUUCAUCUGAUGCUGAAUCACUUUUUUAUAUAUUAAAUGUAUAUGGUUUUUUUUUAAAUAUAUAUAUGAAUAUCGAGAUUGAGCGGCGACAUUUAGUCAAUACGAUAAGGUUUCAUGCUACGACUGUUAGUGUCAAACGUAAAUGCACAACAGCGACAAGUCACAUAAUACUAAACGCAUCCAUUCUUAAUGGGAACCUAAUGUAAUUUUUUCGCGCAGAAUUCGAAAACAAUGAAAAAUGAAUGGGUGCGUUUAAUAUUAUGCAGCAUACUCUAGCGAUGGUUGGUUUCAUGUCUGUAGCGAAAGAAAUCGGGGAGUUUUUCUUUUUCUACGCAUUUUAUGAUUACGGCAAUUUGACUUAAGAACAAAAUCUUGAAUACGUCCUUUGUUUGCUGUUAAUUUGAGUAAGAGAUGUGUGAAAAUUAUGUUAAAAAACAAACAAUUGGGAUUUGUUGGUACGCAGCUAAAGUGUGAGAACAAAUUUUUCGCUUCCAAGUGCAAAUUUGACUUGAGAAGAAAGCUUGGAUUUUUCUUCGAAAGAUUACGAAUUUCGAGCCAUUUUCUAAAGCAAGUUUAUGUUUGCUGUAAGUUCGUUGGAUAUUGAAGUAAUUUGAUUGCAUGAAUUGUCUGAAAGCAGAUGGACGAGAUGUUUUUUCUCUCUCUCUCAAAAGAUAAGUUUUUCGAGUCCAUUAGCCGAAUUGCACACAAGCACACGCACAUACACAGCGAGAAAAUUACCACCAAUUCACGAAUGCGAAUAGUUUGUCAAUUGCAACGAAUUAUUAGGCUUACUUCUAUCGAUAGAAUCAACACCGUAGCAAACCUCGUAUGUCGAAAUCAUAUAUGUUAAUUUGCCAUCGAACAAACAGUUUAUUUCAUUUUGUAAUAAUUUUGUUAUUUUUAUUAGAUAAAUUAGAACGAAUUAUGACAAAUGUGUCCAGCAAUGAUUAGAUUUAUAGACUAUAUAUAUUGCAAACUGACUGUUAAAUCACACAAUUAAUGUCAUUGCAACUGCACAUGAUCGUUGCUUAAUGUACUCUCUUUUUUUCAUUACGUUCACAAUAUAAUCGUAUUUUUUCUGCGUAAAAAAGCGAAAGAAAAAUCAUUUAUUCUUUAUUUAUUAGUAGAUUCAAACAACAACAAAAAAAAACACAACAAUUAAUUAUGAUUUAUUGUAAUACACUUAGUGAAUUUGAUAGAAAAAAAAUAAACUUUUUCUUGUGUUUUCAAGACAA